AAACAGCACCAAAGUAGCCGAGGCGUCGCUCGCAAGCGUGCACAUCUCCACCUUCAAGCUCACCGACUCCGACAUCCUCAACACAUGGCCCCUGCCGCGACGAAGACCAACAAAAAGGGCGGAAAGACGCGCUCCGCCCUCCAGGAUGUCGUGACCCGCGAAUACACCAUCCACCUCCACAAGCGCGUCCACGGCCGCUCCUUCAAGAAGCGCGCUCCCUGGGCCGUCAAGUCCGUCGUCGAGUUUGCCCAGAAGCAGAUGGGUACCUCUGAUGUCCGCCUCGAUCCCAAGCUCAACCAGGCUCUCUGGGCUCAGGGCAUCAAGUCCGUGCCCCACCGGAUACGCGUGAAGCUCGAGCGCAAGCGUAACGAUGAGGAGAACGCGAAGGAGAAGCUCUACACCUACGCCAGCCACGUCCCUGUAGAGUCCUUCAAGGGCCUCGAGACUGUCGUCGUUGACGCGGAGUAAAGCACUAUCUGCUGUCUUCCGUCGCUUGUCAUGUCACCUUUCGCUCGAGUCUGAUGGCGCUCGAGUAGGAUGGGAGGGAGGUCCGUCCGCUGUAUUAUGCCCUGCCAUGCACACGUACGCUCGGCCGCAGGCCGCCAUUACUUACUGCCCAUAUGCUAUGUGAAGCAACCCAAAACGUACUCCUUCCUUCGUGUGAAUCUCACGCCUGUUGUGUGCAC